AUCCAGUUGAAGUAGAUUAAUCUGAUGAAUGGAUUAACUCGGAUGUGGGCAGGUUAAAGGUAUCAGUAAAAAAACUGUGCUGUUUGGAAGCAUAAAUGAACAACUUGGGGUCAAUUCCGGGAUAACUUCAAUCCAAGCACAGCUUAAGCGGACCACGCUAUAAGCUGGAACCUGGUAACCCAGCAAGAAGGGAGAUUUAAGACAAGCUGAAGGGAAUCCGGCUCAGCGCUACCAAGUACCAACAAAAUAUACUUAAUUGGAAAGAAAGAUAGAUAGAGCAAGAAGCUUGCGGGUGCGCGAAUGGGCGUUUACACGUCGACCCUGAACUUUUUUCCCUCCUUUUCGGACUCGAGCGAAAAAGAAAAGCUUGAUAGGUCUUGGAUCUCUCUGCUGCUGCGUCAAGGUCAGUCGAAGCGGGCCUUCUACUCCCCAACCCUUCUCCUCCUCCUCUUAUGGCGUCGUCCUCGUCGUCCAAGUCUUCUUCUACUGCUGCCUCCACUCCGCCUCCUCCACCCCCUCCAUCUGCGGCCAAGAAGGGCUUCUUCCGUCGCAUCCUGCCGUUUUUCCUCGCCGCCAAUCUCGGCGUCGGAGUAUAUGUUCUUGUAAGGACUUCAAUGAAACAGCCAGCUGAUAAGGAUGAAGAAGUUCCUUCUCAAGUUGUCAGCCCUGGUGCUCCAGUUUCUGAGAAGAAAUCGUCUGCUGAACCUCCUCCGACACCCAUAAAGAUGCUCCCUCCCAUUCCAGAAGAUGAGCAACGCCAGCUUUUCAAGUGGAUUCUGGAAGAGAAGAGGAAAGUCAAGCCUAGUGCUCCAGCAGAGAAGAAGAAAAUUGAUGAGGAAAAAGCUCUUCUGAAACAGUUUAUUCGAUCAAAAUCCAUCCCAAGCUUGUAAGAACCUCAUCUGUUAGUUAGACUUCAUUUAGAGAUUGUUGUGCUUGGAUUUAAUGUGAAUGUGUUUUCUGUAGUGUUCAGUUGGCCUUAUCUGUUAUUUUAGUUAUAUCUUUGCAUUCAUCUAAAUGGGUUAAACUAGAAAUGUAUUGUUUAGUUAGAUUAUAGAUUCAGCAGGGCUCCUUGCUUUUCAUGCAAGAAAAGUCAUGUUCUGGCUUUCAACUGUACCGUGUACAAGGUUAUGUUCUAUUUGGAAAGUUGUUUAAUAUGGAUGUUCCAUUAA